AUGAGAUUAUUUAUACUUCCUCGUGAAGAUUACGCUAAAAGACGCUAUCUAACAAGUGAUGCGAAUGGCCGUCAUCCAUUUCAGAUGGAGGAUAAGAUUACGUUGUUUGAACGACAACGUGAAGCUGAAACUCUGAGGAAAUAUGCGUUCUGUGGUGUAGCACUGUCAGCUAUGGCGACGAUGUUCUGUGUUAUGCUCGUACCAAUGCUCUACAAUUACAUGCAGCACAUGCAGGCGAUUAUGCAAAAUGAAGUGGACUUUUGUAGAUCGCGAUCUGCAAAUAUCUGGCGUGAAGUCACUCGAACUCAGGUUGGGUACUGUUUGCUCUUGUGGCAAUUUUUUAAUGGCAAAAUGUCUAGAUUCUUAUCCAAUGUAUAA